AGGGGGUUUUCAGAGGUAGAAUUUGUUAGGAUUUAGAGACAGUGGCGUGGGAUUGAGGCAGGAAGAGGAGUCUAGGUUGGCUCAGUGAUGGUUUUGGUUUGGUUGCCUGAGAAGACAGAGGUGCCUUCACCGAGGCAGGGAGCCCAGGAGAGGCUAAGGUCAAGUGCAAAGAGCAGGAUAUACCAAGCAAUGGUUAGGGGCUGCAGAAUUUGACUACAGUUUUAGCAAUGAUACCGUGAAGUGCAUUGCCCCUUGAUAGCAGACCCACACUUUAAAUUAAAACAUUUUUAGUUUAACUCUUCUGAGUGGACCCACACAUAUAUUCUCUGCUACUUAUUACUGAGAAUGACUAAGUAUUAUAAUUGAGCUGAAAAUAAUCUCCCGCCCAUGCUUGCUGGGUUGGUUUCUAAGUAUUGCUUGGGUUUUUAUCUACUGAAACAAAGUUGCGCUCUUUCCAAAUGUUAAUUCUGAAGACUGCAGAUGGUAACCAUCUGUUACACGACUAGCAUUUUACAAUAUUUGAUUAGCACUUUAUAUAGUUUGGGGAAGCCUGCCAGUGGAGCCUGCCCAUCAGGUGGGGACUUCGGUGGUAUGUCCGCUGUGGUGGCCCUUGAAGGUCUGUCUUUGCCCCCAUUGUAUGGGGUUCCCCUGUUUUUUGGGGGGGCUUUAGCACAGCUGGUCAGACUGGCAGGUUGAUAAUUCGUGGCAGGAGAACCAUAGGGGCCUUGCCCUGUUUGCACUCUUUCUUAGAGCUGGAACCAUCGGACCUCAUCGUGGAAGCAGAAUUUGGGAGGUCAAGAUCUGUCCAUCAGUUAGGACUCUGGGUUGCAAGUGACAAAACAAACCCAAACCCCUUUUGCUUUGGCAAAGGGCAUUAAUUGAAUCAGGUCAUUAAAAAGUCUAGCGGUGGGACUGCCUUCAGGUGGAUGGUUGUAGGAUUCAAACGAAUUCUUCAGACUUGGUUCCUCCCACACUUUCAGCUCUGCCUGCUGCUGUGUGGCUUCAGGCUCAGGCUUCCAGAGGAAGCAAGAUGGCGCCCUUGAGAGAAGAGCAAAUCCCCUCAGCAGCAAGUGUAGAGGGAAAGAACGGAGGCUUUCCCGGUCACCUCUGCAGAGGUGGUAGGCUGUGUUCUGAUUGGGCCAGCUUCCAUCACAUGCCCAUCUGUGGCCCAAUCCCUGCGACCACGUGGAUGCAGUGCUCUGAUUGGUCAGACCUGGCGUGGAGCCCCACCCUGACCUGUGGGCGGAGGCCUGGGGAGGGGCGGAUCGCCAGUCACGCAUCCGGGACCCUUAGCGGAAGGGAGGAGGGUUGGGGGGCAGACGGCCACCUGCCUGCCCUGGUGUCGUGGCGGGAGCCCAGAGUACCAGGAGGCGUUGGCAAACUUAGCGGUGGAGACAGGCGGUUAUUGUUGCCAGGAAGAUAAUAUGCUGGAAAUGGAAUGAAGGAGCCUCUGAAACGGGCUACUUAAUGAAUUUCCUUUCUUAGUUUAAGAACCUCUGAUUUAGUAAUCUGGGUCUCUUUUUUUUUGAGGGGGAGGGAGUGUCUUUCUUCUUUUUAUGUUACUUUAAAACUAAGGCCAGUCACAAUCUUGGCCUUUUAGCUCCUUCGUUUGGAACAUUGUGAGCUGCUCUUUCAGAGAGGGGAGAUGUGUACAGAGCAGAUAACAGAUACCAUUCAGUCCAGUUCAACAAACAGGGCACGAAGCCCCGGGGCCUGGGCCAGCCUCCACAGGCCUGGCAGCAGAUGAAUCCUCAGCAGUGUGGGAAGCACUGUAACAGCUCCAAAACAGGGCACUGCAGCCCCUCAGGCCGGGACAGUCAGGAAGGGCUUCCCAGAGGAAGUGACACGGAGCUGGACCUGGAGGGAUGACCAUGAGUUCCUCCCAUGGCAGAGAAGAGGAGGGGAGCUUGAUGCCGAAGGGGCUGCUUGUGCCAAGGGACCAAGAGGGACAGAGGGUCUCACAGAUGGCCCCGCUCCCAGGGGCAGAGCGGGUCCAGAGGCCGCUGCAGCUCUACCGAUACCUGCUGCGCUGUUGCCGGCAGCUGCCAGCCAAGGGCAUCCAGGAGCAUUACAAACAUGCUGUCAGGCAGAGUUUCCGGGUUCAUUCAGAUGAAGACAAUCCUGAGAGAAUCCAGCAGAUUAUUAAAAGAGCCAUUGAAGAUGCAGACUGGAUCAUGAACAAAUAUAAGAAACAAAACUGAGAUGCUGGAGCCUAGAGAACCAAGCUGUCCUGAAGAUAUUGAAGUUGAGAGACCUCGCUUCUUCUGGAAGUUAGCAGCGGCAGCCGUUUUGGAAUAUCCAUCGGCCUUAUUGGCUGAGAGCAGGAAAUCGGGGGUAGGAGAAGCUGACGUCUGCUCAGCUGGCUCUUCUUGCCACGUGUGUGUCCCAGCAUCCUUUAUGUUUGCUUUUCUGGCCAUUGCCACGGGAGUUUGGGGGAGAAUAUAUUUUGUCACUUUGCUCCGAAGGUGCUGCAUGUAUUCUGGAUGUUGUCCUUUGAGACCCAGAGUGGGCAUCCCCUUGGGCUGUCCAGGGAGGACAGGGCAUGGGUUUUUGAACCGGUCAGGUCUGGAUUUGAAUCUCAGUUCUGCGGCUUUUCAAGGGUGUUGCUUUUGAGCUCAGCCUCCUCCUGUGUGAAGAUUAAGUAUAAGGAAGUCGAAGAGCUUCAGGUAGGACAUGAUAUGUGGUGGUGUGAGUAAAUGUUCCCCUGAGGAGCCCAUCCUCCACCGCUCCUUCCUCCCCGCCCGCAGUGCUCCACGUCUCUCUGGUACACUCCUCGUUGGGCCCGGGGGAUGUGUGGGCCUGCCCUGUCCUGCUUGUUGUCCCUGAACGCUCGCGGCCCCUCCGUGCCCAGCAGGCCCCCAAGCAGCCGCUCCUCCCGGCUGUCCUUCCGUGAAGUCCUGGUCCUCGCCUUCACGGAGUUUCUAGUGUCCCUGAAGUGGUGAAACGCACGCCGCAUGGAACAAGGAAGAAGGGCAGACCAGCUACAGCGGAUGCCGAAGUGUACAGGCCUCUGUGAACCUGCGAUCUGUCCUGCUGGCCCUUCCCCGCUUUGCCACUGUCUUGGAAGGAAGAAUGGAGGCAGGGCGGCAAGCAGGGAGGCGGGGAGCAAGCAUUCCUGUGGGGUAUGGUGAGCCUGAAACCCGUGGAGAGAGACUGGGUCACAUCCCAGUGCCAUAGAAGUCGCUCGUAGGGGAACUUACCUGGCCCAUGUCAGCCUUGGUUUCCCCACCUCCAGUGCAGUGAUGCCCCCACCUACCUGCCGGGCUGCAAUGAGGAGUACUGAGCUCUAACGCGUGCCAGGUGCUUCCUGCAGAAGCUGGCUCAGGGAGCCAGCUGCACUGCCGUGGCUGGUCACCACAGUUAGGGAGCCCUGCUUUGCAGACGGGGAGAUGGAAGCACAGACAGGUCGAACCCCUUUUCAAGGUCACCAAGCUGCUAAGCGAGGUCUGUGUGAAUCUACCAAACAGUACAGGGAAGGGAGAGCAGCAGAGAGAGGGAAAGCGUCCAGGAAGGACUCGGGGGGCUGGCCAGAGCAGGAGGGGCAGCCAGAAGUGGAGAAGCCACAUUGGACUUGUGUAUCCCCAAGGACUCCCAGCCAGAGGGAUGAGCCAGCAGCUUCAUGACCCUGCAAUGAAUUAUAGGACUUAAAGUGACUCCGGGACAUCUGUAUGGACUGAUCAGCAGGGAAUGAAGUAAAUACCAAUUUCUGAAA